GGAAGGAACCCAUUCUUCCUUGAGCCCGCCAUCAUCAUUGCCAUCACCGACGGCAACAAGCUGACCAGCAGUGCGGGGGUCCAAGACGAGCUCCACCUCCCUCUGACCACGCCCCUGCCAGGCAGCGAGCUGACCAAGGAGCCCUUCCGCUGGGACCAGCGCCUCUUUGCACUCGUGCUGCGGCAUCCCAGGCCACGCCUCGGUGGAACCCGAUCCCAUCGGAGGCGUACCGUCUGACGACUCGCCCAUCACGCCAAUGUGCGAAGUCACGGGAGGACGCUCGUACAGCGUGUUCUCCCAGCGUAUGUUGAAUCAGUGUCUGGAGUCCCUGGUCCAGAAGAUUCAGAGCGGCGUGGUCAUUAACUUUGAGAAAACGGGGCCGGACCCUCCCCCGCUGGAAGACGCUGCGGCCGAGUCGCUCAAGUUGGGCCCUCAGCCUUGGCACUGCUGCCACAAGCUCAUAUACGUUCGGCCCAAUCCCAAAACCGGCGUUCCCAUUGGUCACUGGCCCGUCCCCGAAGCCUUCUGGCCCGACCAGAACUCGCCCACCCUGCCCCCCCGCUCAGCCCACCCCCACGUGCGCUUCUCCUGCGUGGAUGCCGAGCCCAUGGUGAUUGACAAGGUGCCCUUCGACAAGUACGAGCUGGAGCCCUCGCCACUCACGCAGUACAUCCUGGAAAGGAAGUCUCCACACACCUGCUGGCAGGUCUUUGUGUGUAACAGUGCCAAGUACAAUGACCUGGGAGAACCUUUUGGCUACCUGAAGGCCAGCACUGCUCUCAACUGUGUCAACCUCUUCGUCAUGCCCUACAACUACCCUGUGCUCCUGCCCCUCCUGGACGACCUGAUCAAAGUGCACAAGUUCAAGCCCAGCAUUAAGUGGCGGCAGUCCUUUGAGAACUACCUGAAGAACAUGCCUCCAUACUAUAUUGGGUCCCUCAGGAAGGCACUAAGGAUCAUGGGAGCUCCCAACCUGCUGGCAGACAACAUGGAGUACGGCCUGAGCUACAGCGUGGUCUCCUACCUGAAGAAGCUCAGCCAGCAGACCAAGACGGAGUACGACCGCCUGAUUGCCUCCAUCGGAAAGAAGGCGGUGGCGGAGGCGGGCAUCAAGGUGCGCUGGCGGGGUGGAGGCAUCUCCCUGGCCCAGCGCAGAGACUUCAUCCAGCAGCUACAGAGCCUCUCUGGUGACGUCCCUCUGGUCCCUCUGGAGCUCAACCCCAAAGAGUUCCAGGGGUUCCACCUGGCGUUGCUGAACAAGGACCUGAAGCCUCAGAGCUUCCGGAACCCCUACGACAUCCCCCGCAGUCACCUGCUGGACCAACUGAGCCGCAUGAGGAGAAACCUUCUCAACACCAGUGUCUGCAGCCUGCGUGGCCACGACUCAGAUCAGCUCCACAGCGUCCCCAUCGCCCAGAUGGGGAACUACCAGGACUUCCUGAAAGCUGCUCCUCAGCCCCUGAGAGACGCCGACCCCGAGCAGCCCAAACGUCUGCACACCUUCGGCAACCCCUUCAAGCUGGACAAGAAGGGAAUGAUGAUCGACGAGGCCGAUGAAUUUGUCACCAGCCCGAAGGAGAACAAAGGCAAGAGGCCAUCAGACAACAACAUGACAGGAGGCGGGCCCAAGAGGAGACGCUGCAUGUCACCUUUGCUGCGCCUGGGUCACGCCUACACGCCCCCUGUCAGUCCUCGGUCCACCUCAGACGUGGACAUGAGCGAUGAAGAAGUGGAACCCCAUCCCAUGGUCAACCACCUCCAUCGGAACCACUGCAGCCCAGAAAGAAGCUCCGACUCCGACUCGGAACCUCAAGAGAACCACUCAUCGGCAGACCAGCAGGACCUCCAGUAUGGGGGGGAGGAGGAGGAGGAGGAGGAGAACGGUGAGCAAGUGGAGGUGGAGGAGGAGGAGGUGAUUUUGGUGGACGGACUGGAUCAGCCGCCCCGGUACCUGUCACCUGCCGCCCUGAAGAAACACAUCCACACUGAGACCACCAAGGUGAACAACGAGCUGAGGACACUCAUCACCAGGGAGAUCAGGAAGCCUGGCAGAUACUACGACAAGAUCUUCUACUUCCUGAAGCAGAUUCAAGGCACUCUGGACACUCGCCUCAUCUUCAUCCAAAACAUCAUCAGGGAGGCGGCCAGGUUCAAGAAGCGAGUUCUCAUCGAGCAGCUGGAGAACUUCCUGGAGGAAAUCCACAACCGAUCUACCAUCAACCACGUGGACGCACUUUGACCUCCUCCUGCUCCAAGUGGACUUGCUGAGCAUCUUUUCAUCCAAAUAAGUGACAAGACCCAAUGAUCACAUGACCCUUCUUUUGCUUCGCCACAAAGAGGGAUUGGUGAUCAAUAACCACUAAGUAGUGACGGACCGUCCCAGCACCGAUCACUGUCAGGGCCGAGCAAAGAUGGCCGCCAACAGCUGAUGUGAGGCAACCGUCCUGCAAGGACUAAAGAAUCCUACAACUCAUGUUGACCUGGAAACUGCUGACAGAAGCUAAAGAUUGAUUGAUUGACCAGCAGAUAGUCCAGUCAUUCUGAUUGACUAAACAAUUAAUUGUCUUUUGACCUGUGAUUCAGUGUCCACCACUAAGUGUCGUCACAGCAACCAUUAUUGACUGACUGAUCAACUACUGCAACCUGCCAGUGAUCUACUGCUGGUCUACUGGUGACCUGCCAGUGAUCUACAGACAGCCUGCCAGUGAUCUACUGCUGGUCUACUGGUGACCUGCCAGUGAUCUACUGCUGGUCUACUGGUGACCUGCCAGUGAUCUACAGACAACCUGCCAGUGAUCUACUGCUGGUCUACUGGUGACCUGCCAGUGAUCUACAGACAGCCUGCCAGUGAUCUACUGCUGGUCUACUGGUGACCUGCCAGUGAUCUACUGCUGGUCUACUGGUGACCUGCCAGUGAUCUACUGCUGGUCUACUGGUGACCUGCCAGUGAUCUACAGAUAACCUGCCAGUGAUCUACUGCUGGUCUACUGCUGACCUGCCAGUGAUCUACAGACAACCUGCCAGUGAUCUACUGCUGAUUGACUGCUGAUCUUUUGGCGACCUACGGGUGAUUGACUGCUGACCUGCCGGUGAUUGACUGGCGAUCUACAGACAACCUGCCAGUGAUCUACUGGCAAUUUACUGGUGAGCUACUGAUGAUCUACUGGCGACCUGCCAGUGAUCUACAGACAACCUGCCAGUGAUCUACUGCUGGUCUACUGGUGACCUGCCAGUGAUCUACAGACGACCUGCCAGUGAUCUACUGCUGAUUGACUGGUGAUCUUUUGGCGACCUACGGGUGAUUGACUGCUGACCUGCCGGUGAUUGACUGGCGAUCUACAGACAACCUGCCAGUGAUCUACUGGCAAUUUACUGGUGAGCUACUGAUGAUCUACUGGCGACCUGCUAGUGAUCUACUGGCGAACUGCCAGUGAUCUACAGACGACCUGCCAGUGGUCUACUGGUGAUCUACAGGCAACCUGCCGGUGAUUGACUGGUGAUCCACAGACGACCUGCUAGUGAUCUACUGGUGAACUGCCAGUGAUCUACAGACGACCUGCCAGUGGUCUACUGGUGAUCUACAGGCAACCUGCCGGUGAUUGACUGGUGAUCUACAGACGACCUGCUAGUGAUCUACUGGCGACCUGCCAGUGAUCUACAGACGACCUGCCAGUGGUCUACUGGUGAUUGACUGGUGAUCUACAGACGACCUGCUAGUGAUCUACUGGCGACCUGCCAGUGAUCUACAGACGACCUGCCAGUGGUCUACUGGUGAUUGACUGGUGAUCUACAGACGACCUGCUAGUGAUCUACUGGCGACCUGCCAGUGAUCUACAGACGACCUGCCAGUGGUCUACUGGUGAUUGACUGGUGAUCUUUUGGCGACCUACGGGUGAUUGACUGCUGACCUGCCGGUGAUUGACUGGCGAUCUACAGACAACCUGCCAGUGAUCUACUGGCAAUUUACUGGUGAGCUACUGAUGAUCUACUGGCGACCUGCUAGUGAUCUACUGGCGAACUGCCAGUGAUCUACAGACGACCUGCCAGUGGUCUACUGGUGAUCUACAGGCAACCUGCCGGUGAUUGACUGGUGAUCCACAGACGACCUGCUAGUGAUCUACUGGUGAACUGCCAGUGAUCUACAGACGACCUGCCAGUGGUCUACUGGUGAUCUACAGGCAACCUGCCGGUGAUUGACUGGUGAUCUACAGACGACCUGCUAGUGAUCUACUGGCGACCUGCCAGUGAUCUACAGACGACCUGCCAGUGGUCUACUGGUGAUUGACUGGUGAUCUACAGACGACCUGCUAGUGAUCUACUGGCGACCUGCCAGUGAUCUACAGACGACCUGCCAGUGGUCUACUGGUGAUUGACUGGUGAUCUACAGACGACCUGCUAGUGAUCUACUGGCGACCUGCCAGUGAUCUACAGACGACCUGCCAGUGGUCUACUGGUGAUUGACUGGUGAUCUACAGGCAACCUGCCGGUGAUUGACUGGUGAUCUACAGACCACCUGCCAGUGAUCUACUGGCAAUUGACUGGUGAGCUACUGAUGAUCUACUGGCAACCUGCCAGUGACCUACUAUUGAUUGAAUGAAUGGUGACCUACCAGUGAUUGACAGGUGAUCUACCGGCGAUUGACUGGUGACCUCCCACUGACCAACUCGCAGCAUACCGGUGGUGACUGGCUGGUGAUCUGCUAGUGUUUGACUGAUGACUGAUAUUGUAUGGUGACCUACCAGUGAUCUAUAGUUUAAUGACGGGUGAAUUACCAUUGAUCUUCUGGUUAUUGACUGGUGACCUACCAGUGAUCUAUCUACAGGUUAUUGACUGGUGACUUACCAAUGAUCUUCUGGUGACUUAUCAGUGAUUGACUAGUGAUCUACCAGUGAUCUAUUGGUGAUUGACUGGUGAUCUACCAGUGAUCUAUCGGUGAUUGACUGGUGAUCUACCAGUGGUCUGUCAGUGAUUGACUGGUGACUUACCAGUGAUCUUCUGCUAAUUGAUUUGUGAUUUACCAGUGAUCUACUGCUGAAUGAUCAACGAUUUACCAGUGAUAAUCUGUUGAUUAACUGGUGACUUACUCGUGAUCUUCUGGUCAUUGGCUGGUGAUCUGCUAGUGUUUGACUGGUGACCUACUGGUGACUGACUGAUGGUGUAGCGGUGAUCGACUGCGUACCUACCACUGAAAGACUGGUGACUGACUGGUGAAACAUUGUGACCAACUGGUUGUCUAGUAAAGAGACUGAAAGAGUGAGUGAGUGGGCAAUGGUCAGUCCAAGGGAGACAAAAAGGUGAUCAACAUAUUGACAAGCAAUACAGGAGUGCAGGACCACUAGUCGACUUUAACUAAUUAACCAAACAUUGCUGAGUCAUGAUUGACAAGCAAUGGAAUGAAUGACUAGUAGUCGACCGUUAACUAGUUAACCAAUCAUUGCUGAGUCAUGAUUGACAAGCAAUGAAAGAGUGAAUAACUAGUAAUCACCUUCAACUAGUUAACCAAUCAUUGCUGAGUCCUGGUUGACAAGCAAUGAAGGAGUGAAUGACAAGUAAUCACCUUCAACUAGUUAACCAAUCAGUGCUGAGUCAUGAUUGAUAAGCAAUGAAAGAAUGAAUGACUAGUAGUCACCUUCAACUGGUUAAAAACAUUACUGAAUCCUGGAUGACAAGCAAUGAAGGAGUGAAUGAGUAGUAGUCACCUUUAACUAGUUAACCAGUUAUUUCAGAGUCAUGCUUGACAAGCAAUGAAGGAGUGAAUGACUAGUAGUCACCUUAGACUAAUUAACAAUCAUUGCUGAGUCAUGAUUGAUAAGCAAUGAAAGAGUGAAUGACUAGUAAUCACCUUCAACUAGUUAACCAAUCAUUGCUGAGUCCUAGUUGACAAGCAAUGAAGGAGUGAAUGACUAGUAAUCACCUUCAACUAGUUAACCAAUCAUUGCUGAGUCCUAGUUGACAAGCAAUGAAGGAGUGAAUGACUAGUAAUCACCUUCAACUAGUUAACCAAUCAUUGCUGAGUCCUAGUUGACAAGCAAUGAAGGAGUGAAUGACUAGUAAUCACCUUCAACUAGUUAACCAAUCAUUGCUGAGUCCUAGUUGACAAGCAAUGAAGGAGUGAAUGACUAGUAAUCACCUUCAACUAGUUAACCAAUCAUUGCUGAGUCCUAGUUGACAAGCAAUGAAGGAGUGAAUGACUAGUAAUCACCUUCAACUAGUUAACCAAUCAUUGCUGAGUCCUAGUUGACAAGCAAUGAAGGAGUGAAUGCCUAGUAAUCACCUUCAACUAGUUAACCAAUCAUUGCUGAGUCCUAGUUGACAAGCAAUGAAGGAGUGAAUGACUAGUAAUCACCUUCAACUAGUUAACCAAACAUUGCUGAGUCCUAGUUGACAAGCAAUGAAGGAGUGAAUGCCUAGUAAUCACCUUCAACUAGUUAACCAAUCAUUCCUGAGUCCUAGUUGACAAGCAAUGAUAUUUAGCUAGUUAACUAGGCCUGCUGGUCAUCAGGCGAGUGAAGAUGGUUGACAGAAAGGUCACAUGACAUGACAGCAUCACUCCGAGGGACUGUGGUCUAUGAAGCAACGUGAUUGGUCAACAGGAAGUGACUCCGCCCCGUCCGUUCGAGUCACUUCCCCACAAUGCACUUGUUAUUUUUGUAAUCACAAGUGGUUUUUGGAUGUGGACCAAAAGAUCUGCCAUUGGUGAGCAGUAUUUUGUAAAGUUAGUGUACAUAACAUAUUUAAAGAUGGUGGACAACCUUUUGUAAGUAUUUCCAUCAAUAAAUCUAUUUUCCACAGUCA